AUGUGGGUCUUUGGGAAGAUCAGGGAGAGCAUGGAGAGCAUUCCUCUCGAGCUGAGUCGUUACAUGGGGAAGAGUGACGAGGAUAUCUUUCUCUCUCACAAUCUGCACAACAACAUCCUUACCCCAGACAUGAUCCCAGAGUUCUGCCUGCCCCCAAAGCUCUGCAAGAGAAGCCCGCUGCUGGACGACAAGAGAGCAGCACCUCAGCUGCACCGUCAGAAACAGGUGACCAGGAGCAGCACUUCUUCAAACACAACACAUGUAAAGAUGCAACAUGGUGAUCUAUCAGUGGCUUCCAAGGCAAAAAAGAAACCUUUGCCUUUCUCUGCAGAGGGGUAUGGCCUGGCUGGGAUAUACGAGAGCCCCAAUACUCGAAGGAAAGAGUCUCUGUUCCACUCAAACGGCCCUGUUUACAUGUUUGAUAGAAGCCUUCCUACUGCAGCACCCAGGCUGGCAAAGGAGACAAACCUGCCCAAGAAAACAUCAUCACAGUUCCUCCCUCUGUUUUCAUCCAAGAGCCUGUCAGAUACAGGAAGCAAAGGAAGUGAAACACUUUCUUCUAGUGACUCCUCUCCCCUCAAUUCAUCCUAUAAUUCUAAAUACUCUCACUACUUCCCAUCAGGCAGUAGUCAACUUAAAGGAGCAGCAUCCUGUCCUUCGUUAACUGACAGCAAGGAGGUCAGACGGAGAUGGAAGAAGGGGCUUUUAAUUUUGAAAACCUCUCCCAGUAGCCCUCCAAGCUUAGGGGGAAGCUCACCAACCCCAGCCCGACCCUUCUUCCACACGUCGGAUGCUCUGCAGUGCCCGGAGAGACUUCAGCAUGAGCACAUCCUCCCUUUACAUGGCCGAGGUAAAGUGCGCCUCAUCGUAGAGCACACCUCCACAAAUACACUGUCACCCCUUUCCACAGUGAGAGUGCAUGUGGUGUCGUUGGAAGUCCCGUGCAACGAUACUAGCCAACGAACCCUGAACUGUGCAGUCAAUCUGUGUCUGAGCCCGGGGAAGCUACAGCAACAGGAGAGCUCCACCAUCAGGAACUGCCGCAACCCUGUGUUUAAAGAAGAUUUCUACUUCACAGAGCUCAGGAGAAAAGAUCUGUUGGAACUGCAGCUAAGGUUAAAAGUGGUCGAUAAACCUGCAGCUGGAACACGGAAGAAGGUGACAGUGAUUGGUGUAAUCAUCAAACCACUGUGUCAGUUACUCCCUCUAAAAAAUGAGUAGAGAACUCAUUUUGUGUAGUUAAGUGCGAAGAUAGAACAUGACGUGUGGUAAUUAUUACAAUUAUGUACAAAUGAAGAAGGCUGAAAAGAGGGAUAUCACAAAAAAUAGUUUGCAUAGGCUAUGAGCUCUUCAGAUGGUGUAAAUACUAAGCAGCAAGCGAACAGUAUUGCAAUAUGUAUAAAGCAAACAACUGUAGUUAUAAGUUACUUAAAAUGUUAUUGUAUUUUAUUGUUAUUGUACGAUUAAAAUACUCUUGUUGUUACUUAUCAGUGGGUAUAUGCCCAAUUUUUCUCUUCUUGCAUUUGUUGGUAUUUUUUCUGUGUACAUGCAAAAUUGUCUGCAGAAUUCUGCAUGCAACGAUUCUGUUCUUCUAUUUACUGUCUGUGAAAUAAUUAAAAUGUCACUGAUGAG